UUUCCAUUUUCUUCUGUUCGUAUCGUUUGCGUUGUUUUCUUUAUCCUUCGACGAGUUUCGACAAACUUCGACAAGCUUCGAUCGUAUUUUAUUUUUGCUCUGUAGGUAUCUGCAGAUGCAUUAUAUUGCAACAAAAAUUGGCUUUUAUAACUGUGAAAUAUUAAUUGACAUUGAAAAAUGUCGAUCAAAGUAAAUACAGGUAGUUCGCCGUCGGUUGAAUUAAGUUCCUAUCGUGAUCAACAUUUUAAGGGUACGAGGGCUGAACAAGAUAGACUUUUAAGGAAUUCUUGUACUUUGUACGUUGGCAAUUUAUCUUUCUAUACUACUGAAGAACAAAUAUAUGAAUUGUUUUCCAAAUGUGGCGACAUCAGGCGAAUCAUUAUGGGUCUCGACAAGUACAAGAAAACACCAUGUGGCUUUUGCUUUGUCGAAUAUUAUCAAAGGUGUGAUGCCGAGCAUUGUAUGAGAUACAUAAAUGGUACUCGUUUAGAUGAUAGAAUAAUCAGAACUGAUUGGGAUGCUGGCUUUAUAGAAGGUAGACAGUAUGGCCGUGGCAAGACUGGAGGACAAGUAAGGGAUGAAUAUCGAUCAGACUUUGAUAGUGGACGAGGUGGUUAUGGUAAAAUAAUACAACAGAAAGUAACAUCUCUUUCCGAUGGUGGGUUUGGACGAUGAAAUCCUUAAAUAUGAGACAUUGUAUGAAUAACCAUACAUGUGCAAGUGUUCAAUCUGUAUUCCAUAUAUUGUUUAUAUGUGACUGAAGUAAUUAGUUCUAAGUGUAAAUAUAAUGUUUAAAUAAUGAGCUUAUAUUAAGUAACAAUAAAAGUAGAAAAAAUUGUUCAUAUAUACAUUCAGAAAUUUCAAUACUAUUAUCAAAUAUCUUGCAUUAUAAUAUUAAAACCAAGGAAACUGUAGAUUAUAUAUUUGAUGAAUUUUUAAGUGCAUGUAUUCACACAAAUGUUUUGUCUUGACUAAGUUAAUAUAAUAUAUUGUGCAAAUAUGAAAGAUAAAAUUCAUUUUGUAUAAAAUAAACAUUUUUUUAACGA